AAUGACUAAUAACUUUCCGUCUGCAUAAAUGAAACUUAACAAAUAUUAUAUUUUCAUUAACACUGCAGCUUAUCAGCAGAAUGGAUGUAGAACAAGAAACCACUACUGCUAAUACGUCCAACAUAACCAUAGAACCCAGAAUCUGGGAAUCAACAGCCCCACCAGCCUUACAGUUUGCUUUAGGAGUUGGCGGCAACUUAAUUGCCCUGAUAGCGCUGGUAACGUCCAGAAAGAGACACAAAUGGAAACCGUUUUACAGAUUGGUCGCUGGUUUGGCUCUGACGGACGGGGGAGGAAUCCUUCUGGUCUAUCCCACAGUGAUGAUCAGAUAUGCUUCAGACUUCACUUAUGAAUUUUCGAAACCUCUCUGUCGCUACGGUUCGUUUGUAUUUACAUUUAUGUUGAUAUCUUCAGCAAUGAUUGUUUGUGCUAUGUCAUUCGAUCGUUUCAUAGCUAUCUUGUAUCCUUUCAAAUACAAUUUUAUUGGGAAGAAACAUCGAGCUAACAUAACGCUAGUUGUCAUCUGGCUCCUUGGGACUUUGAUUUCCAGCUUACAUUUGAUGGGACUUGGUUCCAGUUUUAAAUACUACCCAGGUUCCUGGUGUUUCCUGAAUUUCAUUGGGAUUUCGAUCUUGGACAGAGUGAAUUCCUACAUCUAUUCCCUAUUUGGAUUGCUUAUUCUGUGCACAAUCUUUUCCUUUAAUAUACUUGUUAUUGUAUCCUUGUGCAGAAACUUGCGAAGAGAUAAAAUUAUUUUAAAAAGUCACAGAAGGAAAAGCGACAUCUUCAACGUGUGUUUAUUGUUGGUGAUUGUUAGUGUUUUCACAGUCUGCUGGACUCCACUCAUGUUCACAAUACUUGGUCAUGCUGCCUUGUGGAUCAGCGGCAAUGGAUCUAGAGAGUUGUUGGUGGUACGGUUUGGAAUCACUAACUCAAUCAUUGACCCUUGGAUUUAUAUCCUUCUGAGAAAGGAAAAUUUCAUAGCACUUCAAAAACGAUUCAAGGGUCUUCGUGAAAAGAUAAAUUUUGCAACGGACAGUGGAGGUCAGAAUGUCACACCUUCGUCUGAUUCCCGCGAAAAGAGUUUCGAUAACACUCUGUCGUCUGGUAAAACACUCUCUUCAGACGAUCUUGUUGACUUUGGACGGGAAUAAAAAAUAAAUUUAUUCACUUUAAAAUACUCGCCAUAACACGCUGUUGAGGUUUGGAGGUAUUUUCUAACUGUGUGAGAGGAAGAAUGGUUAUUUUGAACUUUAAUCUGAAAAGUUGAAAACUCUUAUUUGGCGCCAUGUAUAUGUACAUAUAGUGGAGAAGCCAUGUCAAUGACGAAGUUUAUAGUUCAGUACUACUACUUGUCCUUGCUUUUUCACCUAGUGAAAUACUUGUCAUAUGUAUUCAUCUAUUCAAAUACUCGGAUACGAUAUUUAAAUCAAAAUACCCGUACAUUUACACCCUAUUUUAUUUUUGAUCUGCGAUGCUCAUAUGUAGCACAUAACAUGGCCGAAUCUACCUUUCCGCGUGAUGCAAGGCGGUGGCUGUGAUAUUUUAAUUAAGGAAUCAAGGGCUACAUGUCCUCCUCGACUUUCAUUUGUAAAAAGAUAAAGAAAUUGUCAUCCAUCGUAAGCCCGUAGUGAUAUGUCGUAAAUUGUAUUCCAUGCUCUUUGUACGAUCAUUUUGCUGAAGACAUGCGCUGAUCGGACACCAAACGCAUGGUUAUUGGGAGCCCAAAAGACGAACUGUCUCCGUACAAUUGUCGUGGGAAACAUCUGGAGAUUGGAAGGAGAAUAUUGCAUAAUUACACGGCAUUUAAACAAUCUCCGCACAACCAUUGUACGGAGCCAGUACGAGAAAUGGUGUGCUGACCAUAUAAAUGUAAACAUGAAAGCUUACCUUCUUACGAUGGCCAAAUAUCGUUCACAAAUUUACUACACAGCGGUCGUGACAAAUGUAAAUAGGACUUUAGCUUGGAACAUUUUUGUGUAUAUAUUUUUAUAUAAGAUGAUGUACAUGCGGUAGGAUUUGUUUUCUAAUGGUAACUUUUUAGAAUACACAAUAUUUAAUUGUUAAUUGCACGGGAAUGUCUAUUUUCUUACUUUGAUUUUAAAAAAAUGUCAUAAAUUUUCUAUAUUUACGUUCA